AGUUAAAUCCGGUCCUCGUGCUAUAUAUUCCGGGGCAGCUCCCCUGACUCGGACGACAAGCUUCGAAGCAACCGAGACGAGAGCCAGCGAACGCACGACCCUGCGGCACAAGCGCGCGCGCAAACAGAGCUCAGCUCAUUACCGGACCAGAGCGCCAGUGGCUCGGCGCGAUCGAUGGCGUCCUCCUCCUCGUCCACGAUCCCCGCGGCGGCGGCAGAUGAGCGGGACCGCAAGCGCAAGCGGGACGGCGGCGAGCCGGAGACGGAUGAGGUCAAGGGGCGGCGGCAGGACGCGCCGUCCAGGUGGCGGACGCGGCGGGAGCACGAGAUCUACUCCAGCAAGCUGCUCGACGCGCUGCGCCUCGUGCGCGCCGGGAAGGGCGCCCUCCCGUCCGCGGCGCGCGAGGUGCGCCAGGCCGCCGACCGCGCGCUCGCCGUCGCCGCGCGGGGACGGUCGAGGUGGAGCCGCGCCGUGCUGCUGCUCGCCUCCCGCAGCCGCGCCCGCGCGCACCGUGUGCGCGUCCGCGUCCGCUCCCGGGCGCCGGCGCCGGCGCCGCAGCCACAGACACAUCGUCCAUCGACGGGCGCUUCGACCUCCUCAUCAGGCGCGCCGGCGCUGGCGAGGAAGGCGCAGGAGCUGGGCCGGCUGGUGCCCGGGUGCCGGAAGCUGCCCUUCCCCGCGCUGCUCUCCGAGGCGUCCGACUACAUCGCCGCGCUCGAGAUGCAGGUCCGCGCCAUGGCCGCGCUCGCUCACGCCCUCGCCUCCGUCGCUCCCCCAUCGCCGUCGCCGUCGUGAUCAAUCCAAUUCAAGCUCCAAGGCCGGCCAGCUCCAAGAUUCCCGACCGACGCGCAUGUACAUUUUUCCCCGUGCCGUUCUAGUGUGAUUGAUGCAUCAUACGCUGGCGAUUUGUUGACCCGACCAGCAGCGUGCUAGAUGGAGAGAAACAGGCAGUGGUUCGUUCGUUCCUUGUAGAUUGUUCAGUUCGUUAGCGUUUCAGUUUGGGGUUGUGGUUGUGGUAAAUGCAUGACAUUUUCAUACGAGUUUUGGGCGUGUAUGUACAGUAUGUUCUGAUCAGCACUUGGACUGGCUAUUUUCGACUUAAGAAAAUCUUAGUUGAUUGAGACAUAGCAAAACCGAUUUUCAUUUCC